UUUCAGAUUGGGGUACACUCCAUUCUCACAUGACCGGGGUGCCUGUAUUGCCCCUUCUCCCAGCUACACUACUGAGCAAAGGGCCCUAUACUCACCUCUGCCCCGCCUUCCUCUCCUUCCAGAUCGCCAGCUCCUACACGACCACCACCACCAUCACAGCGCCUCCCUCUGGCGGCCUGCAGAAUGGAGGCGAGAAGGUGGAGAAAAAGUCCCUGUACUCAGAGGAAGACAUCCGUCCUGAAAUGAAAGAUGACAUUCGAGACCCUAACUAUGAGGACGAGGAGGGUCCUGCGCCCAAGCUGGAGUAUGUCUGGAGAAACAUCAUCCUGAUGGGUCUGCUGCACGUGGGAGCCCUGUAUGGGAUAACACUGGUUCCCACCUGCAAAGUCUAUACCUGGCUGUGGGUGUAUUUCUACUACACUGUUAGUAUCCUGGGCAUCACAGCAGGAGCUCAUCGCCUGUGGAGCCACCGAACUUACAAAGCGCGGCUGCCUCUGAAGAUCUUCCUGAUCAUCGCCAACACGAUGGCGUUCCAGAAUGACGUGUAUGAAUGGGCCCGAGACCAUCGUGCCCACCACAAGUUCUCAGAAACACACGCUGACCCUCACAAUUCCCGACGUGGCUUUUUCUUCUCUCACGUGGGCUGGCUGCUUGUGCGCAAACACCCAGCCGUCAAAGAGAAGGGGAGGUUGCUCGACAUGUCUGAUCUAAAAGCUGAGAAACUGGUGAUGUUCCAGAGGAGGUACUACAAGCCUGCUCUCCUGUUGCUAUGUUUCAUCCUGCCCACACUUAUCCCCUGGUAUUGCUGGGGAGAAACUUUUCUACACAGCUUCUAUGUUGCCACUUUGCUGCGGUAUGUCCUCGUGCUCAAUGUUACCUGGCUGGUGAACAGUGUUGCCCAUCUGUAUGGCUAUCGCCCAUAUGACAAGAACAUUAACCCCCGAGAGAGUCCCCUGGUUUCACUAGGAACUAUGGGUGAGGGCUUCCACAACUACCACCACUCCUUCCCUUAUGACUACUCUGCCAGACAGAAGGAACCUAGACACCACCUCCAGAAGGAUACUCCAGCACCCUAAAACCUGAUAGCAUUAUGGAAAGACUCCAUUGGCUUCCUACAAGCUGUAAAUGGAUUGAAAAUAGCACUUUUCUGAGUGGUCUGCAAACAGCGUCAGAUUCAAAUUAGGGAUUGAAAAUACUGCUUUCCAAUUGGCACAACAGUGUUCGGGCGCUGCGGAAUCAUUUUGGGUCUUGUGCUCUGUAUAUGUCCUCUGGGAUUUUAUGAUGACUGACACAUUCCACACAGUUGUCCAGUUUGCCAGAACCCUAAUCUCCUACCUCAGUAGUGCUGUGGUCUGGCUUCAGAACUGUACCUACCGUGGGGGUAGAUUAGUGGACAAAUGAAAUAUCACAAAUCUUUCUUCUACAGAGGUACCUGCUGGUGACACCCACUGUACCCAUUAGAGAAGUGUGGUGGUGUGACACUUCUCCCUGGGUGGCAACGGCAGGGAGCUAAACUUCUGCACACUCAGCAUAAGCUUCCUUUGCUCUUCAAGAACCCAACUCACUCCACCUUGUGACCCUUGUUCACAUUCAACCACACUGAGUUUCAGGCUCCCCUCUCAGACAAUAGGAAGAGAUCUGAAAUUUUCACUCUACUUUUCUAACCAUACUACACUCUCCUAUAAAGUUUUGAGCUCUUCAGGGGCAUCUUCCUCUAUCAGAAAAGUCUCCGUGUACUUAAACAGUCAAUACUCAACAAACUGAUGGACAGAUUCAUGUCUUCUUUUAAGUUUUGUCUCUGCUACAAACUGUGAGAAAUGUCAUAGGGAGGAGAAAUCCAAGCUGUGGCCUGCUGUUAAAUUCCCUUAGUACAGGCAAAGUGUAGAAUUUUGAAUAUCAACUUCAGGGCAAAUGCCACAGGGCCCUAUGGCAAGGCUCAAAGAAGCUGAGAUUCUAUCCGGGGUUACUGGAGCCAGAACCUUCCUCUGGGUAUUCAGGUUUGCCCUUUCCCCACUCCACUGCCUGCCCUGCUACAACCAGGCCACAGAGGGCUCACAAAGGGGCAGUAUAUUCUGGGCAGACACACAGUCACCAAGGAAUUUCUCUUAAAGGUCAAAGGGGCCCACUCUUUCUGGGCCAUUUUUGACAAGGAGCAGUUCGUGGCCAGGGCCAGGCCUGGUGUAACAAACUCUGAACAACUACAAGAAAUGAGGAAAGUAAACGUGAAAGGUAGCAUACGGCUCUGGUUUGCUUGUGCCUUUAUUCUUAAUCCUUUCAUAGAGACUUGUAGACAACAGGAAGAACUUCUAUGUUAGCUGGUGUAAAGUGAAGUGGUAAUCUGCAACAUGAAACUAGCCACCCUCCCCAAGCUAUGGCUGGAACUCAGAUCCAUAGGCACCUCAGGCAAGCAUUCUACUACAGAUCUACAUCCCCAGACCAACAGGAGCCAUGUUAAAGUAAACAGCUCUGUGGCAUUUAGAACAUUCACAGCAUUAUGCACCCAUCACCUCUAGUUCCAAAAUAUUUGCACCGCCCCAAGGAAAACCCUAUGCCCCAUUCAACAAUAACUGCACAUGGUAUUCUCAACCCCACCCACACUCUUCUCUCCCUCCCCCAGUGUGCUACUUGUCUCUAUGGGUUUACUAUUAAGGAUAUGUCACAGAAUGGAAGUGUAAAGUAUGUGACCCGUGUCUGGUUCCAACCCUUACCUCAAAGCUUUGGGCUUUCGUCCACCUUGCAGCACAAGUCAGUGCUUCAUUCCUUUCUAUUGCUGGUUAAUACCCAUUACGUGUAUAGGUGGUUUAUCAAUUCACCUAUUUUUAAAAAUUUUAUUA